AGUACGUUGGUAGACGCAGCGGCGCACGGACGCGUGUCGCUCGCUUCGCUCCCCGCGAAAUAAAGUUCGGAAUUUAAAAAGUUUGCUCCGCGAUGUCAGACAUAUUGGAUUUUUCGUGAAACUUUUCUGUGUUGACAUUGAUAAGUUGUUGUUUUUUUUUAACGUUUUAAAACUGUGUAAAAUGUGAGUUUGGCUGUACUGGGUUUUGUAGAAGCAUCCAUAAUGCUUGGGAAGGUGUUAAUGUUCUUCGCAUCUGUAUCAGCCUUAAAUAUUGAUGCCUUGCUUGUCUCCAACACACAUGACUUGCCCGAUGUUGACGCAACGAGCACAAAAUAUCAUCUCCACACGUUAAAAAGAAGACUACAUAACAAUGAUACUAUUUAUGAAGACGCUGUGAGAUUUCCAACACAACACAUAGAUACAUCCGAAUCCAGAAGCACGGAAACAAUGCUAGGUCUGGACAGAAGAAAAAGGCUGGCAGAUAUGCGUGUCGUCAUCACUCAGCAUUUUACUGAGAGAACGGUCACUCCAGGUGGUGAUAUCAGCAUGCAAUGUGCAGCGACUGGCGACCGGCCUCCUCAGUUUGUGUGGGAGCGAGACGGCAUAGUUGUAUCUAGUAACACAGAUCCAAGAUACGCACUAGGUCAAGUGAUGACGUCAGAUAACGCAGUGGUAGCCCAGCUCAAUAUCACGCGAGUCAGAGUGGAGGACGGAGGUCUAUACUCCUGUACCGCAAGAGAAGGAGACCAUGUUGCUUCCCAUGAGAAUCGACUGGAUGUUUAUGGUCCACCAUACAUCAGGUCUCUUCCUCCAGUCAAAGUGCAAAGUGGAGAAUCGGUCAACUUGAGGUGCCCGUUUUAUGGAUAUCCUAUAAGCAAAAUCGACUGGGAAUACCAAGGCAAGCUGCUAACCUCAAACGCCAUAUUCCAAUCAAGAUACAAAAGGUCCCAUUUAAAACGAAAAUCCAGAAGAAACGCUCCAAGCGUCAACAUUAACGGAAUCCUCUCUAUACCCGAAAUUUCUAAGGAAUUAAAUGGUGCUAUUUAUACCUGCAUAGUCACAAGUCCUUCUGGAGAAAUGGCUAGAAGAGCCUUUGAGAUUCAAGUUAUAGAGGCUCCUGUAUUAGACGAUCUGCUUCUUGGAACCAAUCUUCAGGAGGGUCAGAUAGUGAAUAUCUAUUGUAAUGUCAGAACUGGGGACUUGCCGAUACAUUUUGAGUGGUUGAAGGAUGGGAAGAGGAUUUCUAGUAAUUUGAAAGUGGUAGAAAGAAACUCCGAGCUCUUCAGUGCCCUAGUAAUCAAGAAAGUCUCACUAGAACACUGUGGUACAUACACGUGUGUAGCUUCCAAUCACGUGGCCAAGGUCAAUAGGUCUACUGAACUGUAUAUUAAAGUGGCACCCAAAUGGUUGGAAGAGCCGAACAACUCCUCGCUUCUCCUCGGCAGAAGAGGAGCAGUGUCGUGCAGUGCUAGUGGAUACCCUCAACCACAAGUGCAUUGGAUGAAGAAGGAUGCUCUCCUAGGCACAUGGCAGCCAGUCCUGGAGCUGGCUGGUGGUGGUAUCGUCAGUCUACCAAACGGGACCCUCAUCAUUGAGGAGGUGUCUCUCACUGAUGAAGGGUUGUACUCCUGCAACGUGGAGAAUGGAGUGGGACAACCGCUCAGCAAGACUGUGUGGAUGAGUGUUAAUAAACCAGUCCACUUCGAAUCAUCAUCAGCGAAUGUGACGUCCAGACUUGGACAUCCAGUCACAUUAGAAUGUAGACCUCUUGGAGACGAGCCUAUCAGGGUGACGUGGAUGCAUGAGGGAAAUGCUCUGGAUUAUAUUAAUCAAAGAGCCAAAAUAUCAGAAACGAAGACAUCUCUCGGCGUGGUCAACACCAUCAACCUUCAGUAUUCAGAGACCGGUGACGCAGGGCAGUAUCAGUGCAGAGCCACCAAUCCUUAUGGAACUGCCACUUUUAGUGUACACUUGACUAUAUUGGAACCUCCAACGCCACCAUCAGAUCUACGCGUGGAGUCAGUGCGCUCACGCACCGCCACAGUGUCAUGGCGGGACACACUGCGUGCGCAUGCGCGACACUACACACUGCAGUACUCACACGUACACUAUACUGAUGCUGUGUGGGAACAUGCUACUACUGUUAAUGUUAGCAGAAAAGACCAAGAGCUCCGCCAAUCAGUGGAGCUACAGAAUCUCCGGCCUGCCACUCCGUACGCGGUGCGCGUUGCCACGGGCAACCAGGUCGGCGUCUCGCAGUACACCGCUCCCGUACACUUCACUAUGCACGAAGAAGCCCCAUCAUCAGCCCCAAUCAACGUGCAAGUGGAACAGACAGAGAACCCUGGCGAGCUCUACGUGUCAUGGUCCCCGCCGCUCAAGGAGACGCACAAUGGAGUCAUCAUGGGAUACCACGUGAAGGCUGUUGCACAGAAUGUCGGGUCAGUUGCAGAUGAAACUGAUACGCGGACUAUCAAAGUAUCACAGCUGUCUGGUAAACAAGAAACUCUGCUCAGCGGUCUUAUGAAGAACACGAGAUACUCAGUAUCGGUGGCAGCCUUUACAAAUGCUGGUUCGGGACCGUUCUCUCUGCCAGUCUUCCAAGAUACGAGAGAAGGAGCACCAGAACAAGCCCCAUCUUCAGUGGAGUGUACGGCUGUCUCCUCUACAUCAUUGAGGAUUGGUUGGCAGCCCAUCGGUAUACCUGGACAGGGCAGCUCCCUAGUAGGGUACACUGUGCUGUUUGCUACUGAAGAAGCAGCUUGGCAGAACCAAACAUCUUUGCACACUGAGCUCUACCUACAAGGCCUUCUGAAGUACACCAACUACACCGUCAAGGUCGCUGGCUUCUCAAACUUCGGAGCUGGUCCAUACUCCUAUCCUAUCGUUUGUGCUACUCUACAGGAUGUGCCAGGGCCACCAGCGGACAUCAAAGUCCUGGUACUAUCCUCAUCGUCCCUACUCGUCAGUUGGAAGCGACCUCUCCAUCCAAAUGGAGAACUUCUGCACUACACGGUCUACGUGAAGCCUACGUCCAGCAAUGGUCCACCACAGACGUUCCGCAUAGACUCGGAAGGUCGCUCGACGGCUGAGGUGAAGGACCUCGUCUCCGGGAGAACGUAUGAAGCUUGGGUCACUGCCAGUACGGCUGCUGGGGAAGGCAGCGCCACUAGACGAGUGUCUCAUACUCCUACAAAUAGAGUGGUGGCAGGAGUAGCUUCUCUGGGUGGAGUGGUAUCAGUAGGAGUGGGCAGUUCCCUGCUGCUGGUGUGCCAGUGUGUGGGCGCGCCGCCGCCGCGCACCGUGUGGUACCACAAACACAACAUCAUCACGCACCAUCCCAGGUUCACCAGGAACCAUGAUGAUAGCCUGCUCAUUAAUAACAUAGACCAAUCCCUGAGUGGAAACUACACCUGCCUUGCAAAGAACCUCUACGGCUCUGACUCAGUAGAAUACACGGUGAUUGUACUACCGUUACCAGAGGCGCCCAUACUCCGAGCGACGCCCUACAAGGACUCUAUACUGGUGGAAUGGGAGCAGCCGUACUAUUCUGUCAGUAAUAGGAGUUCCAGUCAGAAGAUAAGCUACAGCCUAACAUGGAAGGAAGCAAACAGCCCCUGGAGAGAAGCAUGGCCAGCGAACAAGUUGCCCAACCUGUCGGGAGUGCAGAAACAUGCUCUCACUGGCCUCAAGUGCGGCACUAAGUAUUCCUUGAGGAUAACUGCCACGAACAAGGUUGGGACCUCACAGCCUGCUUAUUUGGAUGUCAGUACUUUGGGCGGAGUACCAAUACCACCGUCCACAAACGACUGGCUAUGGAGCAACGCCUCGCACAUAUACGUGCAACUAGCUGGCUGGGACCAUGGAGGUUGUGCAUUAAGGGUCUUAGAUGUGGAGUAUAAGCAGCUGGGAGGCAGGACCUGGACUAGAGCUCAUAAUAAUAUGCCCUAUUCGGACCUCUCAUCAUGGAGCCUCCAAUCUCUGUACCAGACGAAGAUCCCUACAUUUGCGAUAUCAGACCUGACUCCUGGCACAUGGUACCAGCUCAGGGUCACCGCUACCAAUGAAGCUGGGAGCGUCACCACCACGUAUAGUUAUGCUACUAAAAACGAGGAUGGAAGUGAAGUCGGUCCUCCAUCAGAGCUCUUCGACCUGAACAUGCUGGUCAUCAUCUGCAGUUCCAUUCUCCUCACAAUCUGCCUUCUUAGUUGUAUCUACAUACUUGUGAAGAGACAAAGAACUGGAAACUUAACGGAAUACCGAGACUCUAUUACCGUGGACAACAAAUCAGAGAGUGGCAAUCUAACAGCGAAUACAUCACACACUAAUUUGGCAAAUGUGAAGGAAAACGCAAUCAACGCUCAGAAUAGAAUAUACAGCGCUCCCAUACAUCUGAGGAAUAAUAGCAAGCACGAACUAUACGAGAUAAGUCCGUACGCGCAGUUUGCUGUGGGCUUCAGAACAUUUGGCCAUGUCGAGAACCAGGACAUGCCGAGUCGACAUACAAAACAUAGAUAUGAUACAGAAACAAGUUUUCAAGUGUGUUCAGAGUCUGAGGAUAGUGACAGCAUAUCAAAAUCCACUUUGAAAAGUGUGCCGAGAAAGGCCUGCAGAACACCGCACCAUAGGUAACUAGGCAACGAGGAGUAAUUUUAAAAACAAUUCAGCUCAAAGGACCACCAGCUUAAAUAACACAGAAGCACGUCAAGCUACCACCUAACUGCAACACAAUUUGAACUUUAUUACCAAGUCAUAAUACAGUUCAAACUUCUUUAAACAAACUUCACAUAAAGGAGUAGGUUGAUGAGCUGUUACCUCUAACCACCAAGUGAUAGUCUAUAUUAUACCACUUGUGACGUCAUUCCAUUCAUAACGGUUAUAUUUUAAAAAUUAAUUUGCCAAACAAUUGCUCAUGUUAUAGUGACUAUACCUUUUCUAUAACUAAAUUUCACAUUUAACGUAUGUUUUUCCUUAUAACGGUAAAAGUUAUCCCGCUGUAAUAAAGUAAAAAUAAAAGUUAUUAAAAUAUUAUAUAAGGUGUUCUAAAAUUAUCUGCCACGGCUUUAAUAGGAGGUAGUGUUGUGUUUGAAGAUUACAAUAGUAAAGAAAUUUCGUACCCCGGAUAAUUCAUACGUAGAUUUUUUGACGAAAACAAUUAAAAUUACUCAUUCAAGAAUCGAUAAUUUAUAUUUACUAUUAUAAUCUUCCAAUACAACACUACCUCCCAUUAAAGCCAUGGCAGAUAAUUUUAGAUCAUCUUAUUAUAUGUAUAAACUAAUGUCAACUGAUUUUUAAUUGAUUUUUACAUUACUACUUAACUUAGGAGUAUUUUUGAAUCUCAAAUCUCACUCAAAUUGCCAAAGUAAUGGGCUUCGCAAAGCGAAUCUCUAUUUUGCCUAUGUUUUUUUAAAACAAUUAAUCUCAUGGCUUACCAAAUAUGAUAUGUUACAUAUUGAUAUGUCAUACAAUCUUAAAAAAUCUGUUAGAAAAUGUCAAAAGGAUACUUUUAAAGUAUCCCCUAUUGACUUACUUUUGUUAUGUUUGUUUUAUUUAUUUAAAAUGUAUUUAAAUUAUGUUACUUCCCUGUUAAAUAUUUUUAAGUAGAAACUAGUCGUUUAUAACUGUUAUAAUUAUUACUCGUACUGGUUUGGUUUUAUUUAUUUUUUAAUCUUUUCAAAGUUUAUACUUUACGUGAACCGUUUGUCGAAGACUAUCGAUUUUAAUGUUAAAAAUAAAAUCGAAGCAUUCUUGAAAGAUCAUUUUCAAACAAAUAUUUUUAUUUGAAACUAUUCGAUAUGUCAUCAAUAUUUAAAACAGUGAAGUCAUAAAACAACUACAAUUAAUAAAUAAGUCAGCCAAAAGGUAAAAAAUAAGUCAGCCAAAACGUAAAAAUAAGUCAGCCAAAAUAAAAAUGUAAAACAAUUAAUCUCAUUGUAACAUUACGGACAAAAUUCAUAAGACGCAACUUUUUAUCCACAUUUGCCAACUAAUCAAUAAAUAAAUAAAUAAUAAGAAUAAAUAGCUUAAUUAGUUUAGUUUUAGCUUGAAAUCAUUACAUAGUAUUACCAAAACAUUUCGCUUAUAUACCUUUAAAUAUUGUACAUAAUUGAAUAACUUUUUAUAAUAAAUACCUUGUGAAUUUUGUCCAUAAUGACUUUGAAAUAAUAACUUGAGUCAUGAAGCUAAAAUGAAAGUGUGACGUCAAAAUAACUAAAAUGGGAUUGUCAUUGAAAAUGCGAGUAGAAGCCCAAAUAUGGUGCAAAGCAAUGUAAAACUUGGGUUUGUUGAGUCAGUCUAUUGUUUAUGUACUAAUUUACAGUCUGACAGUCAGCAAAAAUUUGGUAGCAAAUCAUCAAUUGCGUCACAAAUUAGUAUGAGUAUUCAAUGUUUUUACUUUGCUACAUUUAAACUUUCUGCCUCGUACCGCAAAAAUGUGGAAUGAGCUGUCGUCUGCGAUAUUUCCGAACCGAUACGACCUUCAAAUCUCCAAGAAAAGAGCGGAUUCCUUCUUAAAAGGCCGGUAAUGCACCUGUGACUUCUUUUAUGUUGCGGGUGUCCAUAGUCAGCGCUUAUCGCUUACCAUCAGGUGACCCGUAUGCUCGUUUACCCCUUUUCAAAAAUAGUUAUUUCUAUUAGACCAAGAAGGCACUUUUGAACGUGAAAUAAAAAAGUUGCUCGUUCUUUUCCAUACGAAAGAAACUCUAUAGAUUUUUAAAUGACUGACGGACUAAAUAGACUUUUAAUUUCCAUACCCCUAUUGUGACAACAUUUGGGCAUCCCCUUUCAAAGUUAACGGUACUUUCAAGAAACCCAAGUUUUGCAACAUUGUAUAUAAAUGUUUAUAUAAUAUAAUAUAUAAUAGUUAUGACACUACUAUUUAUCUAGCCAUGUACUUACUUCAUUAUUGAUGCAUGUUUGUUACAAGUGACCGUUUUCAACCACACUUCAUGACGUACAUAUAAGUCAUUAGACCUUUUAUCCUCUUUUAAAAUUUUAUUCUCACAUGUAUUUGGUCAAUUGAAACCACAAUUUCGUAAUGUGUCAUGUAGUUUUCACCUAUUUAUAAUUACUGCGUGAAAGGAGUCAUGUGUUUUCAACCUGUUUAUUAAUUCUUAAUUAGUUUCAAUGCUAAUUAAUAUUUAGGCUUUAUUAUAUGAGUAAUUCUUGAUUCUGUUUUGUCAUAGGGCCCGUAGGUGAACACCGCUUCUCAUGCAUGUAAGUGCAGAUAGAGUGCAUCAAAACCGCCUUUUGAAGGUUUCCCCCGUCAUAAAACAAAGGUAUGACGAUGUCGAUGUCGUGAUGGCCCGAAGGUUUUGAGUCCCCCGCUUCUCAUGCAUGAAAGUGCGGAUUCAAAAUUUAUCAACGACAAGUACCAAUGUGACUUUUUCCGAGUUACAUUUAUACUUUCUAAGAUUAUUCAGGCACCACUGACAAACGGUGAAUGAAAACAUCGUAAGGAAACCUGGACUUAUAAUUUCUAAUUAUAAGUUUGCGGUCUCAAUGCGGGUCAUUGAGAAAGCGGCAUAUAACUAGCUUCUACCAGCGAUUUCGCCCGCGUCCCCGUAAGAUAAAACGUAUCUUAGGUAUAUAUAAUUUCAGACCAGAAUCUACCCACAUUCCAAAUUUGACUACAGACAGACAACACAUACACACAAACACAUAAACUUUCGCAUUUAUAACUAUAGUAAGAUUAUGUCACUGAAAUUUCAUUUAAAUCGUCAUAGUUUCAUCAUAAUUAAUCUAGUUGUUAUUGUGUUAAUGAUCUAGGUAAUACCUGAAAAAUAAUCAGUGAACUGUAUUAUUCUUUACAUUGUUUAUACAAUUUUAUUAUUUUUCCUGUGAUGUCAUUCACUCGUAGUGUCGUAAUGUUACGAAGAUAUUUCAAAAUGUUACAACAUUGAUACAUCAUUUUUUCCAAGCAUUAUUUUUGGUAGAAAUUCAUGCAUCAUUUAAGGUUAUUUGUUUUAAACAAGAUUUUGAUUACUAAUACUACCUCGUUUUUUGAGUGGUCAAUUGCGACUGCCGGGCAAGGGGCAUCGGUUUUUAUUCCCGUGUCGGGCAAAGUACUAUUGGGCUUAUUUCGGUUUUUAGAAAAAAAUCUCAGUUUUAGGACGAAGUCCGGAUUUGUGCCCAGUAUAUGGCAAUAGGUUCACCUCCUAUUACAUGGGACUUUUAACACAAAUGGUGAAAAGUGGGUGCACAAUGUACAUUGUACAGUGGCAUUACGUGCCGUAAUGUGCACCUCUGCCUACCCCUUCGAGGAUAAAAGGAGUGACGUUGAUGAUGACUAAUACUUAAUUAUUGGUCUACAAAUGACUGAUUUAAUAAAUCAAAAAGAACAUACGGCUUACUUGUUUGCGGUCGACUAGUUUCAACCUUGGACAGGGCUCUUAAUAUAGGGGGUUACUGACACCGAUGUCACGGUGACGCACAGUCUAGUCGAAACAAUUUCCUCAACUCGGAUAUGUAAGCCGUGUUACCAAAUUGGCUUAUUAUUUUUAUGGUGUUUCCAUGCCAAAAAUAUCAAAAUUUAAUAAAUUUUAAUAAACUUUAUUACAAAACUGUAAGGUUCAAAUCCAUUUUUUGUUUAUUUACUGAUGCCUGAAUAUUUUAUGUUUCGCAAUUUUUUAUGUUUUUAAAUUGUUCAAAGUAUUAAUUAGGUACUUUUGUUUUGAUUUUAAAAUUCAUUUCACUACAUAAUAAACAAAGUGAUGUUUUUUGUCCCUAUGUCCCUUUGUAUGCAUUUGCUUUGUAUUGUAUUUAAAUCUUUAAAACUACGCAACGAAUUUUGAUUCGGUUUUUUAUAGAUAUAGAUAGAGUGAUUCAAGAGGAAGGUUUAUUAUGUAUAAUACAUGCAUAAUAUAUCACCAUUGCACCCAUGCGAAGCUGGGGCGGGUCGCUAGUAAGUUAUAAAAGUAAUUUUACAAAAAAAAUAUGAGUAACUGGUUAAUUAUGGUCACUUGUAAACAACAAAAUCUAUGUUAAGUCGAAUUUUAUAUACUUAAUUAUAAUUAUAUAUAUUAUAGUGUUAAUUGCUAAAAAUAUAUCUACAAAAAGACUGAUUAUAAUAUUAUUUAUUUUAAACGAAUGUUGUUCCGUUUCUAUACAAUUUUCAUCUAGAUAUGAAACGAAUAAAUGUUAGAGAAUAUUUUAA